UCACGUGGAUAAUGGCUGGAGAUCGCGGAGAUUAGAAGAGGGACCGACGAGCUCCGAGGAGGCGAAGCUGUGACUGUCCAGCAGCUCUGACACACUACUGACUCAGAAGCGAUGGCGUACGUCACCAACCACGGGAAGCUGCUCCUGCAGCGCCUCCACGUGCAGCGGGAGAUGGACUUCUUAUGUGACAUCACCAUAAUGGUGAGAGACGUGGAGUUCAGAGCUCAUCGCAACAUCCUGGCUGCGUUCAGCGAGUAUUUCUCCUCCCAGGCCGAAAGCGCCGACGAGGUCACGACUCUGGACCCUGAGAAGGUCAACAGAUACUCUCUGGAGAAGCUGCUGGAAUUCAUCUACACGGGACAGAUGAACCUCAGCAGCACCAGACAAGCAGCGGUGCGUCGAGCGGCUGUUUUCCUGGGAAUGCCCGAGGCCACAAAGUACCUGGAGGAUCUCCCUCGCUUGUCCGAGCCCGGCGAAACGUCCGGGCUCAAAGAUGACAAAGAAGCCGGCCUCUCUACUCCCAGUCCGGCUUCUCCCAGCAGCCCCAGCUCCCCUCUUCCCCUGUCCAUCGUCUCCAUCGCGGGGGACUGGCAAGAGAGCAAGAGGGAAGGCAAAGAGCAAGACAGCAAGGCCAGAGAAGCAGGCGGAGACGAUGAAGGCAGGAGCGAUGACGAGUACAGCCCCACGACGCCGAAGAGCGCCGGGCGAGGACACGCCAAGAAGCGAGGCAGGCCCAGGAUCUUCAAAGGGGAGGACGGAGAACCGAGCAGCUCCACGGACGCCACACCCAAAGUCCAGAGCUACAGGGGGAGGGGGAGGCGAAGGGGGAGGCCGAGAGGGAGCGGCAGGGGGAGAGGCAGAGGGACGUCCAGGGGGAGAGGAAGAGGAGUCAGCAGGAGCGAAAACCUCUCUGUGGAUGAGUCGGAUACGAGUGUGAAGGACUUCGGCGACAACUCGGCAGACUGGAGCCCAUCGCAGGACGACGACUCUCCGACCAGGAAGGCUCAGCUGAGCGCCGGAGAGGGCAGGAGAGGACGAGGACGGGGGAAGGCGAGAGGCAGGGGGAGGGGAAGGGGAGACAGCAGAAGUGAUGAUCUGUCCGUGGACGAGUCGGACACGAGCGUGAAGGACUUUGGCGACAACUCUGCCGACUGGAGCCCCUCGAACGACGACAAGUCUCUGAUCAAGAAACCCCGGCUGAGCUUCGGAGAGGCAAGGAGGGGCCGGGGCCGGGGGAAGGGCAAGGGGAGAGGCAGAGGGAGGGGCAGGAGGAGGGCCGAGGAGGACGAGGACGAGGACAUGGAGGAGGGCGAGGGAGAGGGCGAGGGCGAGGAGGGCGAGGCCGGGGAGGAGUCAGAGCUGGGCGAGCUGUCGCUGUUCUGCACCGAGUGCAACAAGCAGUUUAAGGACGUGAGCAGCCUGCGGCGGCACGAGAAGAUCCACAAAGGCCUGAAGCCGUUCUCCUGCAUCUUCUGCUCCAAAACCUUCAGACAGGCGACGCAGCUGAAGACGCACCUGCGCAUCCACACAGGCGAGAAGCCGUUUGGUUGCUCCGAGUGCGACAAGUGUUUUGCUCAGAAGUGCCAGCUGGUCGCUCACCGCCGAAUGUAUCACGGAGAGGAGAAGCCGUACGCCUGCGACCGCUGCGGCUUCAAGUUCGCUACCUCGUCCAACUACAAAAUACACCUCAGACUUCACAGCGGGGAGAAGCCGUACGUCUGCGACGUCUGCGGUCAGGCGUUCGCUCAGUCCAGCACGUUGACGUACCACAAGCGGCGACACACCGGGGAGAAGCCGUACCAGUGCGACCUGUGCGGCAUGUCGUUCUCGGUCUCCUCCUCUCUCAUUGCACACGCUCGAAAACACACAGGCGAGACUCCGUACAAAUGUUCGCAGCUGAACUGUGACGCCAAAUUUGUCACGUCCUCUGAACUGAAGAAACACAUGCGGCGGCUUCAUCCAGAGGGCAACAACGGCGUGCAGUGUCUGCUGUGUGGAAACAGAUUCGCCAGCGUGAAGAACAUGAUCAAACACCAGGAGAAGGCUCACGCCGAAGAGGUUCGGCAACACAGGGAGCGGGCCAGAGCUGUCGUCCUCCUGGCGUCCAGCCAUCCUGUGGCCUUCGUCCAGAGCCGACUCACUCAGACGAACAAAGGUCUGGUCUCCAUCCCCGAGGGCGAGCCGGCCAACCCCGAGCCGGCCACGCCGAGCCCCAAAGCCACGUCGGCGUCCGCGGCCUCGUCCGACGCCGCCACCACUGACUCUGCCGACGCCGCCAUCAUUCAGGACUUCAAGGCGGAGCCCUCUCACACGCCGCUCACCACCGCCGACCAGGUGACCUUCGAGGCCGACCAGGAGCAGACCAUCAACUCGGACACCCUCCACGCUCUGGUGGAGCAGCUGCGGCCGCCGCCCUCGCCGGCGCCGGGCCUGGAGCAGAUCGUCAUCAUCAGGACGGUGGACACGGCCGAGGGCAACCCUCCUCAGCAGUGAGGCUCCAGCUGGAACUCUUCACUUCCAACAAACGCCACAGUCUGUUUUCACAAUCAGGCUCAUGAAACACACUUCAGUCAGCAGCCGGUCAUGUGUGAUCCUCCAGUUUAACGGCAGUUUAUUACAACUUGGGCCUCAUUUUUAUAGUUUUGUCCAUCAUUUCUAUCAGUGGGAAUAAAUCUGAAACAGUGGAGCUGUUCAGGCGGGAACAAACCCACACCGACCCACUGAACUCACUGUGUAGGGAUAGACGAGCACUACAACCUACUGUCAUCAUGGAGAAGUAUCCACAGACUAUUUUUUUAAGAAACAAAUUCAAUUAUUAGUCGAAAAGUUGUUCUCAGACACCAAAGUGUUCGACCAUCAGUCCAGCGUCCAGUUUAGUGACGUAAAACAGAGAAAAGCAGCAAAAUCUUUAAUUUGAAAAACUAAAAACGUCAAAGAAUUCUCACUGUUUCUGCCUGAAAACUCCCUGAAAUGACUGAUUAUAAAACACAGCUGCCAGUUAUCGUUCUGUCGAGUCAUUUCAGCUUUUGAGCGCACAUUUUGCAAAGAGAAACUAUUUGAAGUUGUGUUGUUAAUCUGGAUAUUAAUCAUCAAAUAAUCCCUUUUUGUUUGUUUGUUGAAGUUGGAAAUUGUUGCAGAACGUUUGUCGAGCAGCCAGAGAAACCUGGUUGGCUGUGACGUACGACAGAAAAUCAUGAAGUCGUCACAUCUGAGAAGCUAGAAGCAGCAAACUUUAGACGUUUUUACUUCGUCUGUCAUCAAAACUGUUAUUCGUCCUCAGCAUUUGCUGCUUAAAUUUGCGUCGAUCGAUUAAUCAGUGCAGCUCUAAUCCAGAAAAACUGCUGGUUUGGUCGAAACAAGUCGUCGUUUUGUGAGUUAAUAUGAUGUUAAUACUUGUAGGAUUCAUGGUCAGAACUACAGAAAUAAGACCGUAGUUGUAAAACACUGGAAUAUUCAGCGAGAAAAGUGAAAUAUAAAUGGACCAGAAUGGAUUUAGAGUUCAUGAGGAGAUGACGGGAUGAGAGGAGAGCAGCUCAACAGGUUUUCUUGAAGCUGCUCUGGCCUGCAUCCAUUAUCUCAUGUAGCAUCCAUCAAGCAGUGAAGUACACAAACCCCACUAAUGAGUCUAUGUUAUGAGCAGAAAUCUGUCACUAUGAUUGAACUAACCUGCUAAGCGCUCUGUAUGAACACACUGAUCCUGGUCAAUAGACAAACAGGUGGCGAAUUAAAGGAAAUCUGACUUAAAGUGAGGCGUUGGACCACCAGCACAGAAGAAUUAUCUUUAUUUAGUGUUGUGGUGAUGAUGGAGGAGGAGAGCGUUUUCUAUCAUUUUGGACCAAAUCUCUUGAAUUGUUCAGUUCGGUUGAGAUCCGGUGACUGUGAAGGUCCCGGCGUGUGAUUAACCAGUGCAUCCAGUGGAUCCUCGUGCUGCUCCCACAGCAGAACAAGGCCACCAGUUCUCCUCAGUGAAGGCCUCACGGGUUCAGGUUUUCCUUUAGUUUGUCCCCCGUUUGUAGAUUUCUGUCAGUAUCUUAAAAUGUCUGUUCAUGGUGGAGAACCGGCUCAAGUUUUGCAUCGAAUUCAAUGAUGUUUCCACAGUAAUCACAAGGCAAGAGUCCAAUUCCUGCUUAAGAGUAAUCGUUUUAAUUAUGAGAACAAGCUCACACAUCGGGACUCGGUACCGUGGCGUAAACACAAACUGGAGGAGACUCUCUGACUGGCGGCUUCAGCUAAAGACGAAUCAAACAGAAACUGACUCUUUCUUCCAGUGUGGGAACCGCUGACUGUGGCCGAUGAGUUUCAGAACACUGAAGAUCCACGAUUUUACCAAAAAAAACAAAAACCCAUUCAGACUAACAACCUUUUGUCCGACUCCUGCAGCUGUUUUCUGUUGGAUGGAACAACGAAGUGUGAGGAAGAUUCUGGGACAGUCGGUUGAACUCCUGCAUUGUUUUAAUAGUUAACGUAGUGAGUAGCGGCCUUGCUAUGGCUUUGAGAUGUAAGUUGUUUCUGUUCUUGUUUUCUUUUUUAAUUCAUCGUUCGGUAAAUGUUCCACUCUGCAGUGUUUGACGUGUGACGGUGGCUUCAUUGAACACAACCCUGCUGAUGUAGAGGCCAGGUUUUCUCUUUGUUUCAGAGCAGCCGUUUGAAAACUGCAAUAGGACGAAGCUGUUUGUUCAUUUCAUGCUUUUCUUUUUUUUUUGUUUUCUUUUGUAUAAAUCCUCUGCAUUACCUGUACAGACAUGUGAAUUACGUAUACAAGUUCACUACUGUAUAAACACUGUACAACAGAAUAGACAAAUAAAAUUGAAGACAAAAAGUGACA